AUGAACGACAAGUACCACCGGGCGGCCCGGGAUGGCUACCUGGACCUACUCAGAGAGGCCACUCGGAAGGAGCUGAAUGCGCCUGAUGAAGAUGGAAUGACACCGACUUUAUGGGCUGUGUACCACGGCAACCUUGACGCGCUCCGGCUUAUUGUGGGAAGAGGAGGUGACCAGGACAAGUGUGAUAUCUGGGGGAACACUCCGCUCCAUCUGGCCGCCGCCAACGGCCACCACAACUGCCUAUCCUUCCUGGUGUCGUUUGGAGCCAACGUGUGGUGCCUGGACAAUGACUACCACACACCCCUCGACAUGGCCGCCACCAAGAGCCACAUGGACUGUGUCCGGUACCUGGACUCCAUCGCCGCCAAGCAGUCGGCCCUCAACCCCAAGCUGGUGAGCAAGCUGAAAGACAGAGCAUUCCGCAUGGCGGAGAGGAGGAUAAAGGACUGUGUGAAGAUGCAGCAGAAACACCACCAGCGGAUGGAGAGGAAGUUCCUGAAGGAGAGUGUAGCGUCGGAUAACUCAGAUGCCAUGAGCUUCACUAGUUAUAACAGCAGCAGCACGCUAAACCGCAAACUUCCUCAGUUCAACACUCUCACUUCCAAUAUGCCAUACUCACAGGCCACUCUUCACUCCACAGCCAAGGGUAGGACCAAGAUUCAGAAGAAGCUAGAGAAGAAGAAACAGGUGGACGGCACCUUCAAGAUCUACGAGGAUGGGAGGAAGAGUGUACGUUCGCUGUCUGGCCUUCAGCUUGGCCAGGACGUCAUGUUCCUCAAGCAGGGCACCUAUGCCAACUCCAAGGACCGCUCGCGUCUCAACAUCCGGGACAUGUUCCCUCACCACGGCUACAACCACGAUCACCAUGACGAUGACCAUGAUGAUUAUGACGACGACCAUGCGGACACCAUCUCCCACAUUUCCCGUGCCAUAAGCGACCCGGGCCUUCACGAGGCAGCCUACUCUGAGAUCAGUGCCGACUCAGGCCGUGACUCUUUGUUCACCCGGCCAGGUCUCGGAACCAUGGUGUUCCGACGGAACUACGUAUCUGGCGGUCUCUUCGGCAUCGGAGCCCGGGACAAGGGUUCUGUGGCUGGCAGUGAACCCGUAGGCCGGGCCCCUAACGUUCGUCUCCGUGGUCACCUCCCACGUCGCCAGCCCAGCCUGGACGAUGCAAUAGAGAUAGACAGCAUCGGCAGUGCUCUGAGCCUCCAAGAGAGGCACCUACAGGAGCUGCCCUGGGAGGAGGCUGAUGUGGGCCUGGACGAGGAGCUGGAGCCUGAAAACGGACCACUGGAGACCUUCCUGGCCUCCCAGAGCCUGGGGGAGUUCAUGCCCAUCUUCAGGAAGGAGAAAAUCGACCUGGAGGCCCUACUGCUCUGCUCGGACCAGGACCUGACCUCCAUACACAUCCCCCUGGGACCCAGGAAGAAGCUACUAGAGGCCUGUAAGAGACGGUUGGACACCCUGGAGGAACCAGAGGGCAUCGAGGACACUGAUCUCUGA